AUGAUGCAGACCAAAAUCUCUACUCUCUCUGGACCAAGCUUCACUCUCCAUGAACCAAAAGUAGUUCAUCGUCCUCGAAUCUCCAUGGCUCUACCAUCAUCAUCAUCAUCAUCACCAUCAUCAUUACCGUUUCACCAUCUUCUCUACAAGUCGACACUCCCUCUCGCUGCCUCACUAACCCUUCUCCUGUCUCCUUGUACCGCUCAAGCAGGCUUAAUGUCGGGAAGUCCCGGUAUAGAGUCAAUUCCCGGUCCCGAAUUACCCAAGCUCGAAUUCCUUGACAAGUUCAAUGCCAAAAACCAGAAGUUCUACGCUGAAAACGAUUCCAGAUUCAAAGAAUCUCCACUUCUCAAGAAGCUCCUUGAGAAUUCCAAACUUAACAAAGAAAAGAAUGAAAGAUUGAUUCAAGACAAGUACUGUCUAAGAGGAGCAGAAUGGGGAGUAGGAGAUUGCUCAACCACAGGAAUGACAGAUGAAGAGAAAGACAAAUUCAUCACAAUGUUGAAAGAGAGGACUGGCGUUAAAUAA